GCCAUUUCAGCAAUCAUCUCUGCAAUUCUAGAAGCCAAAAACCUGAUCAUUAUAUGUGGAGCAGGAGUGUCAGUAUCAGCAGGAAUUCCUGACUUCUGUUUUUCAAAAGGACUGUUUACUACUGGAGCACUGAGCAAGGAUUUGCUGGAUGCAAGUGUCUGGAAGACAACUGUAAAGGCUGCAUCUCUAUGCAAAACACUGGCACAAAUGCACCAAAAAUGUUCUGAAGUAUCUCCCACUUCUUUUCAUCUGGCUCUUAAAAUGUUGGAUGAAAAAGGUGGACUGUGCUGGGUCUAUACUCAAAACAUUGACCUGCUGGAAUUAAAAGCAGGCCUAUCCUUUGGUAUGCCUCAGACACAGAGUUCUAAAGAGACACCCCGAUGCAUUCCUUUGCAUGGCACAUUGGAGACACUGGCAUACAUCAAGUGCUGCUACCAGUCACCAUUGCAUUUGCAUGCUGCAACUCUAGCAACUGGUUGCUUAUCACUAUGUCCAGCCUGUGAGCAGAUCAAACAACAGCACCAGAUGGCCCACAAGCAUUCUGGUACAUCAGGAACAUUGAUUCCAACCAUAGUCCUUUAUGGUCAGACACACCCAGCUGGAGAUCACCUGGCACAAUGCAUCACUCAUGAUGCUAAUAGAGAUGAUGGAAAAGUGAAAGCAGAUGUUUUACUAGUUGCUGGCACCAGCCUCAAAAUUCCAGGCAUCAUUGCUGCAGUUCACAAGUUUGCUCAAGUGGUCCAUGCUCAGGAGUCAAAAGGUGGAUAUAGAUCAAUUUAUCUAGAUGAGAAACCACUCUCAUCAAAAUGGAAUGGGGUUUUUGAUGCUUGGAUAUCAGGUGACUUGCAGAUUUUUGCU